GCUCAAGUCCGUUGCCGCUUGGGCUCAGACCGUCAGUGCUAAAUUCCCCUCGCUCGCCGCUCUGUUGCCCUUCACCCCAGAUCCUGCUGGGCUCUCAUGGAAAACAGCGGCGUGACGUUCGGAGUGCACGACUUCCGGCAGCAGGGGCGCACGCGCGAGGAGUACCACGGCCUGCUCUCGUCCCAGGCGGGCGACACGCGGAACCGGAUCUUCAACGUAGACUCCGGCACGAGCACUUUCAACAUGAACUCGCGCGCACGGAGCCUCGGGCUCCCAGGUGCACACCCAAAGGGCGAGUACUCGCGGACAAGGUCCUUUGCGUCAUCGAGCUUGCCAACGGAGACUGCUUGGCCGAAGAGCUGCGCUGGAGGCUUCUGCUUCGAGUGGCAGGGCUCCUAUGACGACGCGGAGCGGCACCGGAGGGCCGAAGGCCUGGGCAGGAACAUCGUUGGCCACGUGACCAUCAAGGACGGCAGGGUGUACCAGGGCACGCGGGCCAGCUUCUCGCGGCUCGCCUGGAAAGAGUCGGGCCCCGGGGCGCGCGCGCCCGCGCAGCCCAAGAAGGCGUAGCACGGCGAGCGCACUGAGCUGCCGGCGCUGCGAAGCAGCGGCCGGCAGCCGUCCGGGGGGUUGAGCGGAGGUCACCGUCCAGGGGUUUGCGAAUGGAUACCCUUUAGUCACGAGCUUUGGCCAGGAAGGCCUUGCGCGAAGAGGAAGGCCGAGGCCUGUUGGCGCCCGUGCGCCGCGGCCUUGCGGCGGCCAGGGCGUCACUGCGGGACCCGCGGAUCGCUCUGCGGUGUGCGGGGCUCGCCCCCCCCCGAA